UUACACAGAAACAAGGCAAGAGUCUAUGCAAGUCCGACAGCAACAGCGGAUGACUUGGUAGGACAGAAGUUCUCCUGCCGAGGUCGUCUUCCAGGAUCAUCAAGUCGAGAACCAGCGGGAAUCGUAGCCAAAGCCGGGGUCAGAAGCCAGGAAGAAUGGUCGCCAGAGCCGGGGUCAGAAGCCAGGAAGAAUGGUCGCCAGAGCCGGGGUCAGAAGCCAGGAGGAGUCUUAGCCAAAGCCAAGUCGGUAUCCAGGAGAGUAAAGAGUUAACUGAACAGGAGCUUGCUGCUGUGCAACAGACAGGACACGAAUGCA